CUGUACUAAUCUGAAUCUUCUCAUUGCAAAGUUAAGAGUUUAAAGUGUUGAAUCGUUUGAGCGAUGGAUUCUUCAGCAAAAGUAAAGAAGGGAGCUGGAGGAAGGAAAGGCGGUGGCCCCAAGAAGAAGCCUACCUCAAGGUCCGUUAAAGCUGGACUCCAAUUCCCCGUCGGAAGGAUCGGCCGUUAUUUGAAGAAAGGAAGGUACUCGCAGCGGGUUGGAACUGGAGCCCCAGUUUACUUGGCUUCUGUUCUCGAGUACUUAGCCGCUGAGGUUUUGGAAUUGGCCGGAAACGCUGCACGUGAUAACAAGAAGAACAGGAUCAUCCCGAGGCACUUGCUGCUGGCUGUGAGGAACGAUGAAGAAUUGGGGAAGCUUCUCGCCGGCGUCACCAUCGCUCACGGUGGAGUAUUACCAAACAUCAACCCAGUUUUGUUGCCAAAAAAGACUGAAAAGGCAGCUAAAGAACCCAAAUCGCCAUCAAAGGCUACCAAGUCUCCUAGGAAAGCUUAGUUUGAAUUAAGAAACCUGGAUUUUUUUAGUGGCUUUAGAUUUCCAGUUAUAUGUUAUUUGGAAGAAUUUUCUUUGUGCUUUUGUUUCGUAGGGGAGGAAUAUUUAAAAGCAAAUUCGAAGAUUUGCAAAGAAUCCUAGCAUCAUUUGUAUGCUACUUCAAUGGAAAUGAAACACCUUGUCCAGAA